CCUCCCUCCUCCCACCGUCUUUCUCCUCCCAUCCACCUCUGUGCUGGUGAUGCUCGCGUCUCUUCUCUCUCCACCCGGUUUGUCCUCACCUCUCCUGGACAUGCUCCUCUCACACUGCCAGCGGAGGAUACACGAGGAGGAGGAGGAGGAGGAAGAAGAAGAGGAGGAAGAGGAGACGAGGAGAAGCAGCUGCCUCUUCUCUCCCAUCACUCCAUCACUUUGAAAAGAGCAGAGCAACAACUAAAAGAAAAGAGGACACACAGGAUUUACUUUCAUACUUGCAAAAAACAAAUUAGAAUUAUUAUUAUAAUAACCCCUACUCUUCCCCAUUCUCCUUUUCAAGGAGGGCAUUUUUCUUCCCUUUCCCCCCCUUUCCUUUUCUACCCCGAUUUUUUCCUCUGAGGUCCCGGUUUUGUUUUUUGCCACCAGCAAGCCCCUGAACUUCUCUGGGAUUUCAGGUGAGGUGCGCGUGUGCAGUGUGUGGUGCUUUUCCCGUCUUUUUUCACUACCUAUCAUGGCUCACGCGGCCUCCCAGCUGAAGAAGAAUCGGGGGGAAGUGGAUGUGAAUGCAAUAGAGGACGAGAAGGAGAAGCGGAGGAAGAGCAGGAGAGCGUCGUCCCGGGAACAAAAGAGAAAGUCUGACAGUAAUGCUAGUUACCUGCGAGCUGCCCGGGCGGGGAACCUUGAAAAAGUCCUUGACUACCUCAAGUCUGGAGUUGAGAUUAAUAUUUGCAAUCAGAAUGGCCUAAACGCUCUUCAUCUGGCCUCCAAAGAGGGACAUGUAGAGGUUGUUGCCGAGCUGCUGAAGCUUGGAGCCACUGUGGAUGCAGCCACAAAGAAAGGAAACACUGCUCUGCACAUAGCCUCGCUGGCUGGCCAGGCGGAAGUCGUCAAAGAGCUGGUUACCAAUGGAGCCAACGUCAACGCACAAUCUCAGAAUGGCUUCACCCCUCUCUACAUGGCGGCGCAGGAGAACCACCUGGAAGUGGUGCGGUUCCUUCUGGAGAACAAUGCCAGCCAGAGCAUCGCCACCGAGGACGGCUUCACCCCUCUGGCGGUGGCCCUCCAGCAGGGCCAUGACCAGGUGGUCUCCUUGCUGCUGGAGAACGAUACAAAGGGCAAGGUGCGUCUGCCUGCCCUGCACAUCGCCGCACGCAAGGACGACACCAAGGCCGCGGCCCUGCUCCUGCAGAACGACCACAACGCCGAUGUGGAGUCCAAGAUGAUGGUGAAUAGAACAACAGAGAGCGGCUUCACUCCCCUGCACAUCGCAGCUCAUUAUGGCAACAUUAACGUGGCCACGUUGCUGCUUAACCGAGGGGCUGCUGUGGACUUCAUGGCUCGAAAUGACAUUACUCCGCUUCACGUGGCAUCGAAAAGGGGCAACAGCAACAUGGUGAAGUUACUACUAGACAGAGGGUCCAAAAUAGAUGCAAAGACCAAGGAUGGUCUGACGCCUCUUCACUGUGGAGCGAGGAGUGGCCACGAACAGGUGGUAGAAAUCCUUUUGGACCGAGGAGCGCCCAUCCUGUCCAAGACCAAGAACGGCCUGUCGCCCCUGCACAUGGCCACUCAGGGGGACCACCUGAAUUGCGUCCAGCUCCUGCUGCAGCACGAUGUGCCGGUGGAUGAUGUCACCAACGACUACCUGACGGCGUUGCAUGUCGCCGCACACUGCGGGCACUACAAGGUGGCCAAGCUCAUCGUGGACAAGAAGGCCAAUCCCAAUGCAAAAGCUCUGAACGGCUUCACUCCGCUUCACAUCGCUUGCAAGAAGAACAGAGUAAAAGUGAUGGAGCUUUUGCUGAAGCACGGGGCGUCCAUACAGGCCGUAACAGAGUCCGGCCUAACGCCGAUCCACGUGGCAGCCUUCAUGGGCCACGAGAACAUCGUCCACGCACUAACACGCCACGGAGCGUCGCCCAACAUCACCAACGUUCGAGGGGAAACGGCUCUCCACAUGGCGGCGAGGGCCGGCCAGGCAGAUGUAGUUCGUUACCUGCUGAAGAACGGAGCCAAGGUGGACACCAAGUCCAAGGACGACCAGACAGCGUUGCACAUCUCCAGUCGGCUGGGAAAGGUUGACAUCGUCCAGCAGCUGCUGCAUUGUGGUGCCUCUGCCAACUCUGCCACCACUUCAGGUUACACGCCCCUUCACCUGGCCGCCCGCGAAGGGCACCAGGAUGUCGCCUCCAUGCUGCUGGAGAACGGUGCCUCGCUUUCCUCCUCCACAAAGAAAGGGUUCACGCCGCUGCAUGUAGCAGCAAAGUACGGCAAGAUGGAGGUGGCCAGUUUGCUUCUUCAGAAGAGAGCCCCGCCUGAUGCUGCAGGAAAAAGUGGGCUAACUCCGCUGCAUGUAGCCGCUCACUACGAUAAUCAGAGAGUGGCGCUGUUACUGCUGGAUCAGGGAUCUUCCCCUCAUGCUGCCGCCAAGAAUGGCUACACGCCUCUCCACAUCGCUGCCAAAAAGAACCAAAUGGACAUCGGGACCACACUGCUGGAGUACGGCGCAGACACCAACGCGGUGACGCGGCAGGGCAUCAGUCCAAUUCACCUGGCGGCGCAGGAGGGCAGCGUGGACCUUGUGUCCCUGCUGCUGGCCAAGAAUGCUAACGUCAAUGUGUGCAAUAAGAGUGGACUCACGCCCCUGCACCUAGCAGCUCAGGAAGACAAGGUCAACGUUGCAGAAAUCCUUGUAAUCAACGAGGCUGAUGUCACCUCACAAACAAAGAUUGGAUACACUCCCCUGCAUGUGGCCUGUCACUACGGCAACGCAAAGAUGGCAAACUUUCUUCUGCAGAACCACGCCAAAGUCAAUGCCAAAACAAAGAACGGCUACACUCCACUCCACCAAGCAGCUCAGCAGGGCCACACCCACAUCAUCAACCUGCUGCUUCAGCACGGAGCCUCGGCCAACGACCUCACCGCGAAUGGAAACACUGCCCUUUCAGUGGCCCGCCGUCUGGGGUACAUCUCCGUAGUGGACACUCUGAGACCCAUGACUGAUGAAAACCUCUCGGCUAUGAGUGCCUCGGAAAAACACAAAAUCAAUGUCCCGGAGACCAUAAAUGAGUUCCUUGACAUGUCAGAUGACGAAGUUCGGACUAAUGUGCCACAGAUUCUCAGAGAAGAGUCUUUUUCUGAUGUUGAUGAAGGUGAGGAUGCGAUGACCGGUGACACUGACAAAUACCUGCGACCUCAGGACCUCAAGGAGCUGGGGGAUGAUUCUCUCCCGCAGGAGGGCUACAUGGGCUUCAGCAUAGGAGCGCGCUCUGCCAGCCCUAGAAUCAGCCUCCACUCAUUCAGUUCGGAUAGGUCCAACACGCUCAACCGGAGCUCCUUUGCCAGAGACAGUAUGAUGAUUGAGGAGAUCCUGGCCCCCACAAAAGACACGCUUCAGAGUGUCUGUAAAGACAUUUCCUACCUGGUCGACCCACUUAAUAAGCACCUCGCCGUGACCAGGGACCACAGUUCGGACUGCGUGCGACGCUACAGCUGGACUCCGGACACCAUGGACCACAGUCACAACACCGUGUCCAGCCCCAUUCACUCCGGCGUCUCGUCCCCACUCGCUCAGUACGACUCCAGGUUCUUGGUCAGCUUCAUGGUGGACGCCCGUGGCGGUUCAAUGAGAGGAAGUCGCCACAAUGGGCUGCGCAUCAUCAUUCCCCCCAGGAAGUGUACAGCGCCUACACGCAUCACCUGCCGCUUGGCUAAAAGGCACAAACUGGCCUACCCUCCACCCAUGGUGGAGGGGGAGGGCCUGGUCAGUCGGCUGGUGGAGGUUGGCCCUGCUGGUGCUCAGUUCCUUGGUCCAGUUAUUGUGGAGAUUCCUCAUUUUGGUUCAAUGAGAGGGAAAGAAAGGGAGCUAAUUGUGUUGAGGAGCGACAACGGCGACACUUGGAAGGAGCACCAGUUUGACACCAGGCCAGAAGAUCUCACUGAACUGCUAGCUGGGAUGGAUGAAGAGAUGGACAGUCCGGACGAGUUGGAGAAGAAGCGCAUCUGCCGCAUCAUCACUAGGGAUUUCCCCCAGUAUUUUGCUGUGGUGUCCAGGAUCAAGCAGGAGUCCAAUCACAUGGGUCCAGAUGGAGGAGUGCUGUCCUGCAGCACGGUGAACAUGGUCCAGGCCUCGUUCCCACAGGGGGCUCUAACCAAGAGGAUCCGCGUGGGCUUGCAGGCUCAGCCGGUGCCAGAUGAGUUAGUCAGGGCGGUUCUGGGAAACAGAGCCACUUUCAGCCCCAUUGUCACCGUGGAGCCCAGAAGGAGAAAGUUUCACAAGCCCAUCACCAUGACGAUCCCCGUCCCUCCCAGAUCGGCAGAAGGCCAUCCCAGCGGCCAGCGGGGCGAAUCUGCGCCGUGCCUGCGUUUGCUCUGCAGCAUCACAGGAGGGACGUCUCCUGCACAGUGGGAGGACAUCACAGGAACCACGCCGCUGUCCUUUGUAACGGACUGUGUUUCCUUCACCACAAAUGUAUCGGCCAGGUUCUGGCUCGCAGACUGUCACCAGAUUCCUGAGACGGUAAGCCUAGCGUCUCAGUUAUACCGGGAGCUGAUCUGCGUGCCGUACCUGGCCAAGUUUGUGGUGUUCGCAAAGAUGAAUGACACUGUGGAGGCCCGGCUGCGCUGCUUCUGCAUGACUGAUGACAAGGUGGACAAGACUCUAGAGCAACAAGAGAACUUCGAAGAAGUGGCACGCAGCAAAGAUAUCGAGGUUCUGGAGGGAAAGCCCAUCUUUGUGGAUUGUUACGGCAACCUUUCACCUCUCACCAAAAGUGGGCAGCAGCUGGUUUUUAACUUCUACUCUUUCAAGGAAAACAGACUUCCUUUCAACGUCAAGGUUCGAGAUGUAGGCCAGGAGCCGUGCGGCCGCCUCUCCUUCCUGAGAGAGCCCAAAACCACCAAAGGCCUUCCACAGACUGCCAUAUGCAAUUUGAAUAUCACACUGCCAACCCACAAGAAGGAUAUGGAAUCUGACCCUGAUGAUGAGACUGAAAAGCCAGAACGACGUCAUACCUUUGCAUCCUUAGCUUUGCGUAAGCGCUACAGCUAUUUGACUGACCCAGCUGCGAAAACAACUGAUCGAAGCCCGCCGAGAACACAGCCUUCUGGCUACCCUCACAAACCUGUCUUUUCAACAAGAUCUUAUCAGGCGUGGUCGCCUGUUCCUGUCACCGGCCCUAUCCAAGCCAAGUCUGGGUUUGGCUCCCUCUCCAGCUCGUCAUCAAACACGCCUUCUGCCUCUCCCUUAAAGUCUGUCUGGUCCAUCAACUCUGCCUCUCCCAUUAAGACCAACAUCCCUGGAUCACCUGCCUCCUCUGUCAAGUCAGUUAGUGACACGGCCUCUCCCAUCCGAUCCUACAGAUCCAUUUCGUCUCCGAUAAAAACUGUAAUCCACCAAUCCCAGUACCCUGUCCAGGUUACCCCCAGCCCCCUGGCUUCACCUGGUAAAAGUGCUUCAGACCCUUUGUCCAUGAAAGGAUUAGCAGCAUUGACUUCUAGGACCCCUAUAGCGUCGACUGGAGGAGGAAGCCCUUAUCUUGAGAGAACGUCAAUGGGCCUGACCCCACCAACCUCUCCCAAAUCUUCUCUCAGCAUGUUCAGUUCUCCCCUUCCAUAUAAAACUAUUUUGGGAAGUUCAACUGGUACAACUCCAUCCUCCUCACCUAUAAAAACAGUCCCUGGUCUUACAUCUAUGCGCUCCCUUGCUAUGGAUUCCACUGCUCCUGUAAGAAACUUAUUCUCCUCCCUUUCAUCGCCUCUUAAAUCCAGCAACUCUCCGAGUGCUGCCGUUCUGAUUAACGGAACUGUGUCACCUGCACAGUACCGCUCUUCAUCACCAACAUCUCAUCUCGCCAGCAGCCUGCAAGAAAGAAUACAAGCAACCACCAAUGCCGCUACAACCAGUGUUAAUGCGGCUUUUGAUGAAGUUGAAAAGACAUUCAAUUCUUGCUCUGCAGGCUACGGCACCCUCAAGUCUUUGUCUUCAUCUGCCUCCUCCUCGUACCAGUCCAUUAGGUCAUCGGCUUCUGGUUCCCUCUAUCCCUCCCUAAGAUCCCCUCCCAAUGUCACCACUGCUGUAACUUCAAGUACAAUGACUGUUCCAGUGUACUCUGUGACUAAUGUGGUCCCAGAGUCCCAGUUGAAAAAGAGAUCUGAGGUGCCCCCCUCAGUUGCUGUCCUUCUGUCACCGAGAAAAAGUAUUCCGUCUGACAUGAAUGUUCAGUCCUCCUUUGUCAGAACUCUGUCCCCUGUCAAAGUACCCCUGUAUUCGCCUGGCAUCAAAUCCAAUGCAGCCUCACCAUUAUCAUCAAGCCAAGAAAUUCUGAAGGACGUCGCUGAAAUGAAAGAGGACUUGAUUAGAAUGUCAGCCAUUUUACAGACAGAAUCAAACUCUACAGCCAGCAAAGGGUUUCAGUCCGAUUCUCCUAAAGAGGUUAAGAUAGAGGACGAGGAGCCAUAUCGGAUUGUGGAGAAAGUAAAGCAGGACUUGGUAAAAGUAAGUGAAAUCCUGACUAAAGAUUCCAGAAAGGACGGUAGAAUUUCUCCUGCCAGAGGUUCAUUGGAUGACAUACAUUUCUCAAAAGUCCAAGUUGAACAGCCACCAAGCAACUGGAGUUACCCACCAAGAUAUGAGACAGUAGUUUCUCAAGCAAGAUCAAAACCCAUAUCUGACAGAGAUUUCAAUCUAUCCAAAGUGGUUGACUACCUAGCCAAUGAUAAUAGCUCUUUUUCCAAAAUGCAUGACACAAAACAGAAAGCCGAUGAAGGAAAAAGAGAAGCAGAGGGUAAGGAGAAGCAGAAACGAGUCCUCAAACCAACUACAGCAGUUCAGGAGCAUAAGCUCAAAAUGCCUCCUACAACCAUGCGAUCUUCCCCAUCAGAAAAAGAAUUAAGUAAAGUGACUGAUGCACUUUUUAGUGGAGACACUGUGCUGGAAUCCCCUGAUGAUAUAUUUCACGAGCAGGAUAAAAGUCCUCUCUCAGACAGUGGGUUUGAAACCAGGAGUGAGAGGACGCCAUCAGCUCCUCAAAGUGCAGAAGGCACAGGUCCCAAGACUCCUUUUCAGGAUAUCCCAGUUCCACCAGUAAUCACAGAGACUAGAACUGAAGUUGUGCAUGUCAUCAGAAGCUACGAGCCAGAGGAUGACAAACAGCUUGCAAUGGAAGAUGUAGAUUCUGUUAGAAACAUUGAUUCAGAUUUCAAAAAGCACCAGACUCCCUCUCUGUCAACUCCAGAUCAGAAUAAAUGCCAUUCAGUAAAAUGUAGCCCUGAUGAAGACCCAAUGGGGAAGGGAAUGAGGCUAAAAGAGGAAACUCACAUCACGACCACCACUAGGAUGGUGUACCACAAACCACCUGGCAAAGAAACAUCGUCCGAGAGAUGUGAGGAAACUAUGUCGGUGCAUGAUAUCAUGAAGGCUUUUCAGUCAGGAAAGGACCCCUCCAGAGAGCUAGCUGGACUGUUUGAACACAAGUCUGGCAAUGAGGAGGUUUCACAAAGAUUUCUUGAGGACAUCAACUCCAAACCCAAGGUUGAAAGAAUAAUUGAGGUUCACAUAGAGAAGGGUAGCAAAGCAGAACCAACAGAAGUAAUAAUCAGAGAAACAAAAAACCAUGCAGAGAAGGACAUGUAUUAUUACCCAGGGAGUAGACAAGAUGACGAGGAACCUGAGGAGUCACUUCCAGUGUACCUUGAGUCCCCUAGAGUGAACACACCUCUGUCACAGGAGGAAGACAGUCGUCCUAGUUCUGCUCAGCUAGUGGCAGAUGACUCCUAUAAAACAUUAAAGUUACUUAGCCAGCAAUCUGUAGAGUUUCAUGAAGACGAAUCAUCAGAGCUUAGAGGAGAAUCAUACAACUUUGCGGAAAAAAUGCUAUUGUCUGAGAAAUUUGAUCAAUCUCAUUCAGACACUGAGGAGUAUCUCAGAGAUAGAUCUCGAUACCACUCACCUGACAGAAGCACCCCCAGUAAGGCGAGGUCACCUGGGCCAAGGACAGAGUAUGUAUUUAGGUCAUCAAGAAAUGUCUUUGACAAAUCAGGACGAAUGGCUAAUGUUGAUGAUAACUUUGACAAACUGACACUUUUGCAGUAUUCCUCAGAGCCUGGUAGCCCAAAACAGUCUGUUUGGAUGCGUGUGCCAGAUGAAACGCAGAUUAAGGAGAGAGAUCAGUCUGAAUACGAGGACAGAGUAGAUAGGACUGUUAAAGAAGCAGAGGAGAAGCUUAGCGAAGUAUCUCAGUUUUUUCGGGAUAAAACAGAGCAGCUUAAUGAUGAGCUGUCAUCUCCAGAGAAGAAAUCUCGCAGACCAGAUUUUAGGGAAUCCCGAUCUGGGCCCAGUUCAACCCAAAGUAGCCCAGAGAGGUCACCGUAUAGGAGUGGGGGUAGUGGGGAGGAGUGGAACAGAGAAAGGUUAAGAGACAGAUUUGGCCCUAGUGAUAGAAAAUGUUCCAGUCUACCCAGUAGUCCUGAAAGAAGAGUAUUGCUCCAGUUAAGUGACAAUGACCCGAGAAAGCAAGGAGAUGGAAAACUACAGGGAAGUCCUGGUGAUAGUCCAAAAUCUUUUCAAAUGUCUUCCUCCAAAGUUAGUGCAGUCAGGCUAAAAUUUGAACAAGAGGCUCAGAGGCAAGAUAGGGGAAGUUCAGGGAGUCAAAAUCAAAACCCUCCAAUAAGAAAGCUCCAGGAAACUAGACUACCUGUGUAUCAGAUGUUUUCUGGCUCUAGAUCUCAAAAAGCACCUGACAGUCCAGCAAACCAAAGAAAAUGCAAAGAGACUGAGUCAAAUAAGUCAUCACCCAAGCAUGAGACCAGUGGCAAAGAUCAGGAAGAGAAUAAGUCUUUGAAAACAUGGGAGAGACAGGGCUAUGGGCAGUGUAAACCUCAGUCCCCAAAACUUUCCAAUUAUUCAGCUCAUGAUUCCACAAAAGAUUGCAGUAGUGAUUCCCAAAGACAAGAAACAACAAAGAAAAUAAUCUAUACAGAAUUUGUUGUCAGAGAAAGUCCAAGUACCAAUGAUGGUCUAAAAAAAAACUCGGAAUCGCAAAUUCCUGUAAGAAAAUCGUCUAAUUUUUCAGAAAACCCCAAAUCCACCUCUUUAAAAUUAGAAGAACCAAGUGAAAGACCUGGGCCUCAUACCCCUACUUUAGGUAGAAAUCGGUUACACAGUAGCUCUGAAUCCAAUAGGUCUACUCGUGGAUCAUCCUUAGGGAAAUCCACAGUCUCCUCAGAGAGUAGCCAGUCAAAUGUAGUAUGUAAUGGCGUUGAUGAUGAUGAUGAUCAAGUGCAGUACUUGGAUCAAGCAACUCCUGUAGUUGUGACUGAGGGCUUCAAAGAUAUUAAACCCUUGCCAGUGUAUGUCAGCAUCCAAGUAGGAAAGCAGUAUGAGAAAGAAACAAGUUCAGGGCAGCUGGGGACAUACAAAAAGAUUGUGAGUCAAGAGAGCAGGACAGUGCAUGAAACGAGAGGUGCAGUUUACAGUGUCAAGCAAAAACAGUCUCCUUCUCCUCAAGGAAGUCCAGAAGAUGACACUUUAGAACAGGUAACUUUCAUGGACAGCUCUGGGAAAAGCCCUGUAACCCCUGAGGCCCCAAGCUCAGAAGAGCUGAGCCUGACAUCCCGAACACCAGACUCUGUGAUAGGUUUUAUGACCAGCAUGCCAAGCACUAUCCCAGAGGAAUCUGAGGAGGAAGAUGGAAAGACCUUCAUCUAUAAAGAGCCAUUAAAAGCAAAACCCAAACCAGCCUCUCCAGAGAAUCACAGUAAAAAGCAGGAAGGAGAAAGAGGGAAGUCAAAGGAGAAAAGAGUCGCUUAUAUAGAGUUUCCGCCCCCUCCUCCAUUAGAGGCCGAGCAGUGCAGUGCUGAGAAAAGGUCUGGAUGUACUUCCUCUGAAACGGAGACAGAGAUGAUUGAGGUAAAUCUUCAAGAAGAGCAUGAUAGACACCUUUUAGCCGAGCCUAUCAUUCGAGUCCAGCCUCCUUCUCCUAUUCCCCCGGGGGCUGAUAACAGUGACUCUAGUGAUGAUGAGUCUGUCUUCCAUCCCGUUCCUGUCAAAAAGUACACCUUCAAAAUGAAAGAAGAAAGCGAGAAGCGUCAAAAACCCAAAAAGUCAGAGAAAAAUGGAGCUAAAGAAUCUGGGGUUAAUGGUGGAAAGGGAGAGGAUGCUGAAUUGGAACAAAAUGGAAAUGAUCAGUCCAUCACUGACUGCUCAAUAGCAACAACUGCUGAGUUCUCCCAUGACACAGAUGCUACUGAGAUUGACUCUUUAGAUGGAUAUGAUCUUCAGGAUGAAGAUGAUGGACUAAGUGAAGACCCUAAAACAUCAAGUUUGUCCAAUGAUGGGAAAGCUAUUGACCGUUCAUUUAAUCAGUCCAAGCUUGAAGUGAUAGAAGAGGAGAAAUGUGAGGAAGGAAGUGACAAUGGAAAGACUAAAAGUGGCACAUCUGGUGCGAAAGCUAGUGGAGAAAAAAAAGACUAUACCCUUGAAGGAAGACACCCGGAUAGGAAGGGCUUUGGGGAGAACUAUUUUGGAUACCAAAUCCAAGAUGAGCUGAAUUCAACCUUUAAAACUGUUGCUACCAAAGGUUUGGACUUUGACCCUUGGUCAACAAAAGGGGUUGAUAAUGAAGGGCUUUUUGAGUCCAAAGCAAAAGAAGAGGACCCCAAACCUUACAGUUUGUCGGCUGAAGAAAAAUCACAGGCUACAACACCUGACACAACCCCUGCUCGAACACCAACUGAUGAGAGCACACCGACUAGUGAGCCUAACCCCUUCCCUUUCCAUGAAGGGAAGAUGUUUGAGAUGACACGCAGUGGUGCUAUUGACAUGAGCAAGCGGGACUUUGUUGAAGAGAGGCUUCAGUUUUUCCAGAUUGGUGAGCAUUCCUCUGACCCUAUAACAGGGGAAAAGGGGAGAGGGGGAAAGAUCCUGGGGGUACCUUCCUCUCAGUCGAAAACUGGGGAGAGGUCCACAGUAGAUGGAAAGAUGACAGUUGUAGACACUACCUUAGACAGCAGCAGCACUAGACCAACAACACCAGCAACAACUGCAGCGAAAUACAACCCUGCACAGCCUGGCAGUGACAUAGGUUGUGCCAUUACUGAUAUUCCUGCCUGUGAAGCCAUAGCUGAGACUGCCUCUUCAUGCACAAUCACGGCCUCUAAGGUUGAUUCCAAAUUACGAACUCCUAUUAAAAUGGGCAUAGCUGCCUCUAUAACUGUGAAAAAAGACUCAGGGGAUCUCACAAACUGCAAAGCUGAGUUGUCAGAAGGUCAGGUGGUGCCAGAAUACAUUAGUAUAGAGGGUCAGUCUUCAGAGAAACAGUCUAGCAGUCAUUCUGAGCUUAGAAAAGAAAAAAAAGACUACCCAUCUGAAAACUGCAACAACAAUAAUAACCUGGAAUCCUCCAGUGUCCAGGCCAACUAUAUUCAGUGUGGCAGUUUAGUGUUUAAUUUGCAGUCCUCCUCUGAGCCCACCUUACAGAAAGCUAGCAGGAUAGAAACUCUGUGCUGUAAAGAUAAGAACGAGAGAGUAGAAGUGCCCAGCGGCAGUCAGGCUCAAGAGCAGAAGACCGAAACGGUUAAGGAGAGUGAGGCAAAGCAGCCCAGGUCGAGGCUUCCAGUCAAAGCAUCAGGCUGGUCAUUUCACACACAAGGAACUGCCAUUGGGAAGCAGAAACCCAAACAAGCAGUAGCAGGUGAGGUCAGGAAAAGAGGAGAACCAGUGAUUGCCAAAGUAGAGCCUAGGUCAAGGAUACCAGUCAAAGACGUUAAAAAGAGUAGUCCUGCUGCUACAGCUAGCUUACCUGUCUCAGUUCGUAUUACCUCACACCCAGUAAAGACACUGAAUACAGGGAGAGCAGUCAUACAACUGCCCACAAGGCAACCGCAGAAGGACAGGCAUCAAUUCAGCAGUGUCACCAGUGAGGGAGCAUCUAGACAGAACAGACAGGAUAACCCUAGUGAACUUUGUAAGCGCACCAUUGAAUACUUUAAAGACAUUAGCGGGGAGACGCUAAAGUUGGUGGACCGCCUGUCAGACGAGGAGAAAAAGACGCAAACAGAACAGUCGGAGGAAGACAGCACCUCCCGAAGCACCUCUCUGUCGGACGCCUCCCAGCCUUCCCAGCCCUCCCAGCCCUCCCGCUCAUCCAGGUCUGGUAGAGGUUCGAGGGCUGAGGCCGGGGCCGCGUCCGUAAGGGCAAAGGUGGCGACGACGGACAGGGGUUCCGGCAGUGAGAGGAGCAGGAGGAGUAGGCGGACUGGUGGGAAGGAGGGCAGUCAGGGACUCACAGGGUCUCGAACGCCUCCCAUCGCGGAGAUCAAGCCUAGUCCCCAAAGUCCUUGUGAGCGAACAGACUUGCGCAUGGCUAUCGUUGCAGAUCACCUGGGGCUCAGCUGGACAGAGCUGGCUCGAGAGAUGAACUUCACAGUGGACGAGAUCAACCACAUCAGACUUGAGAACCCUAACUCUCUGACAGCACAGAGCUUCAUGCUACUUAAGAAAUGGGUCAGUCGUGAAGGGAAAAAUGCCACAACGGAUGCCUUAUCUGAAGUGCUGACCAAAGUCAAUCGGAUGGAUAUUGUGACUUUGCUGGAGGGCCCAAUAUUCGACUAUGGUAACAUUUCAGGCACGAGAUGUUUUGCCGAUGAUAACGCUGUUUUCCGGGAUCAGGCUGAUGAUUAUCAGAGCAUUCUAGCCGAGCUGCAGUCCCCUGCCACUCUGCAGCCCAGCCCCCACUUCCUGGAGCCUGAACUCCCUGCCACCCCCAACCCUUCCCUCGCCCAGCAUCAGCAUCUUCAUUACCCCGAACCAGACAACUCUUGCAAUCACCCUCAGUUCGCGGAUUGGAGUCCAGUUGUUGAUCCUUGUAGUAAAGAACCAGACAGCCCGCCUAAGAGUCCCCCCAGGCCCUGUGAGCUUGCCCUGCCUGCCCCAACCUUUGAUCUUCCCGACCCGAUUCCUCCUAAGGUCAGAAAGCCCCACAUUGCUUUGAACGACCAGCUUCUUUUGAGUGAAGAGGAGGACAGACCUUUUCAAGAAAUGGAGCCCACCCUCAAGCCCAGAUCCCAGUCCUUUCCGACAAUGUGCGAAUUGGACAUCGACAUGGCGUUCUCUACUUCUUCUCCUUCGCUGUCAUCCAUGUCAUCGAUAACCCCGUCGUCCCCUGAUAGAUCAUGUAUAGGUACGCGGUUGGGAAACGCCUCAGAUGGGGCACAAGAGGAUAUAGGUCAGACAGGCGGUCAAGUGGAAGUGAAAGAAGAAAUCGAGAAAGUGGUUGAGAUUGUUUCGACGCAGUUGGUAGAGAGGAACGGAUUAGUAGAGAAGUUGGUCACGCAGGAAUUGAUUAAAAAUGUGGAAAGAAAGUGUGAGAUGGUUGCAAAAGACAGGUCUCAGCUGGUAGAGGAAGGGAUCAUUUUGCUGGAACCGAAGAGGUCCGCAGAGCAGGAUAAAGAUAAUGUCAAUGAGCAACACGAUGAGGUUCGAGAUGGCAGUAGAACAGCAGCACGUGAGGAAGAGAAGGCUGAAGAUGAACUCAAUGUCUUAAUGCAGCAUGUUAGUCUACCAGAUAAAGUAGUCAAAGAGGCUGUUGGUCAAUCGCUGGAUGUUGGGGAAAGAGUACAAGUGAAGGAAAAAGUGGAAGAUCCUGAGUCAGAACUGCAGUCUAAAGAUGGACAAGACAUCUGUGACACAUUAGAAGGGGCAACAGAACGCCAGACUUUGUCUGACCUUUCCCCUCAAGCUUGGGUUAAAGUGCUUGAGCAACUGCAGCCCUAUGAGUCUGGAUCCAAUGAGAAAGAAGAGAAGCAGAGAGGCAGAGAAAUUCCAGAGGAGGCAUUAGGAUCUCUGUUGGAGGAGGUGAAUAAAGAAGGCUCAGAGGAGAAGGAGAAGGAGGAGGAGGAGGAGGACGACGAAAAGGUGACUCAAUCCAGGAAUCAGGAGAGACUUGAAGAGGUUGAACAUGCAGAAAAAAACAUAUGUUCACUUUCAGGAUGGCACAGCGACUCAUCCAGUGUGAAUGUUGAGCCGCCGACUCCGGGCCGCAGUGUCAGCUCAGACUUGCUCGACAAGCAGGAAAGUCAGGAAAACUCUAGUGAGUCCAUCACCUCCUCAUCUAGAGCUGAAUCAGGGAGGUCCAGACCUAACGGUGAUAACUCGAAACACUCACCUCAGGACGCCUCAUCAGACUCAUCUAACGGCAGAAAAGACGGGACGCCAGUGUCGGAGAAAAAAGUGCAGGUUAGUGUAGAUUCUGGUUCAGAGGAAGAACAGACUGUAACCACCAGAAUCUACAGGCGGCGUCUCAUUAUAAAGGGAGAAGAAGCAAAAAACAUCCCGGGCGAGUCUGUGACAGAGGAGCACUACAUGGACCACGAUGGUAACCUCAUCAGUAGAAAAGUGAUCAGGAAGGUAAUUCGGCGAGUCUCAGCUCCCACUCCAGAAAACCAAGGAGGUGACAGGUGGCACAGUGACCUUCACCACAGUCCCACUCAGCAGGAUUAUGGCCGGGGGAUGGAGCGAGGAAAUGCAGACGAUCAGGGGACAAAAAGCACCUCUCGUAGGGAUGGGCUUGGUUUAGCAGGCUUACAGGAACUACGUUAGAUGUUACCUGGGAUCAAGCGCUCAAACCAUUUUUGGAGCUCCAUCCAUUGUGAGGGAUUAAAAUAAUGGUCCAGUCUGCAAAAUUCAAACAAAUGAUGUUUAUCCCGUAAGAGGAGCCACACCUUCUCAGAUUUACGCAUGAGCAUGAAAAACUCACUUUUGGUCACCAUGAGGACCAGGAGGCUCCUUUCUCUUUUUUUUUUUUUUUUUGGGACUGCGGUGGACCAGUAGACAGUGAUUCUGCUUCCUGUUUUGCGUGAAACAGCCUGUGCCGUGGAUACACUGGUGGUGCGAGAACCUUCUCGAGGAGCAUCAUUUGCUGUGGAAAUAAUAAUAAAAAAGACUGCACAGGCACAACUGUGACCAAAGAUGGCACAAAUGCUCAAGGAAAGGAUAAAGCAGACAUGGUACCACAAAAAUAACCUACAAAACACUUCUGACCCGACUACAACACUCGCCUUAUAGUUUUUUCUUGAUUUAUUCAGGAUGUAAAUUCUUUGGGGAUGUUUUUUUUUUUGUUUGUUUUUGCUCCCUUUUUAAAACUUAAACUAACAAAAGAGCUUUUUUUCUGUAUAGAAAAUGACUAUGUGUAUACUUCUGAAAUAAAGGGCGAGUUAGUAAUAAGAGUGCACUGAGGAGAUGGAUCUUUUCAAGUGCUUUCAUAAUCUACAGAAGCAGUUCCACUUUCAAAGAUCUGACUGUAACUUCACAAGUUCUUGUAUAUUUAAUUAUUAGAGCAGGUUUAAUGUUUGUACACACAAAAAAAGCUGGUUUGAUUUUAAUAGGGAGAAGGGGUGGGGGAAUUUCCAGAAACUUUCUGUUCCCAGUCUGGGAACUGAUCUAAUCCUGCAAAAAAAAAAAAAAAAAGCAGCCUUUCAGAGUAACUCAUAUUUUCAUGCAUGCUGUUCACCUUAUUUUAGGUACAAUUUUUACAAGUUUGCAAACACUAUUUAAGUGACAAACCCUUUAUCUCUGUACACCUAAAGCCCUGAAACUUGUCACCAGUUUUAUAUUUCGGACUGGCAAAGGAUGCCAUUGACGUGUUUUUAAUGCUGGGGGUUGGGAUGAAAAAAAACAAACACAUAUAUAGCUUGUUGAGGAUGUAAUGUCUUGUCUGUCUGUGUUGAAAAACCGAGAGAGGGCCGGCUUCCGCUUUAGAGGACAAGGUGACCUGAAUGUAAAUGCUUGUAGGCUGGUUCGCUGUAAUAUUCAACUCGUUCUGUGUGUAUUGGCGAUAAGGUGUUGGAGUCCCUGUACACUGUUAGACUGUAAUCAUUUUAGCUGAGUGUCGAUUUGGUUUUCUAACAGCUGGUGUGGUGUUAGAAGAAGCAUUGGGGCAUUUUUUUUUUUUUUUUUUUUUAUUAUAAUUUUUUUGACAUAUAAUCAUGGGUGGGUGGGAGGUGAAAUAUCUCCUUGGUUUAAAACACAUUAAGGACACAUAAAUGAUUUGUUUGAUUGUAGCUCUACAUAGCAUAAUGUAUGACAAAACACUGGAUGGAUCCAAACAAUAAUUUAAGCAUAAAAAUAAAUUGUGUUUAACUCUGAAACUGUGUGAUCUCUUUAGACUUGAGAGACUGUAUAUGCAGUGUGAAAUAGAAAUGUUCUCACUAGCUCACUGAGAGGAUUUUUAUUUUAUAUUAGGAGCCAUCUUUGUAUUGGUUUUCAUUAGAUACCUAUGUAGUUCUAAAGUGUGGUGUUCUACUGAUGCGAAGCCUCAGUAUGCUGAUGUCUAUGCUGUGGACAUGGAUAUAAAAAAAAAAAAAUACAAUGUGACCUGUUUUUUAUUUUCCUUUUUUGGGGGGGUGGGGGUUUUUAGAAAAAGGUAGGUAUGGUGUAAAAUGACAUCCCCUUCUACUGCUAUGUCAAUCAGGGGGUACAGAGGAUCCUUUGAUAUGGUUCAAAAUUACAUUUUUUUGUCAAUUUUGUUUGAUAAGUGUUUUCACCUGAGCAGACUUUUUGAUGUACAAUUCUUACUAACAGAGUGAAGCCAUUGAAAAUGUUAACUAUUCUAGCACUUUGGUUAUUCAAGGUCUUUUAGAGGCUAUAGCAGCAAAUGAUGCCACCACAAAUGUUUCAGACAUCUUUAAAAAAAAAUUCAACCUAAAAAUGACAACAAAAAAAUUAAAUAAAUAAAAAUGCAAAGAUUUCGCAAUA